AUGUUUUCCUUCCUCAUUUCAUUAGGUCUCUCAAUAUAUCUACCUUAUUCGGAUACCGAGCGCAUUGCUAUUCAGUUUUGGGAUAACGAAACUAUCAAUAAUUAUUCCGCAAAUAUCCCUAAUUUUGCGUUAUUAGUUGUAAAUCCAAAUGACCCAGACAAUACUUAUGGAGCUUUAGCAUCAUUUGCAUCAGCAGGCAGUCUGGUUUCUAAGGAUAUUGUAAUUGGCUACACAUAUCCAUCAGAAAUCCAAGAGAUAAUGGAAAGCUUUGAAGGACAGCUUCCAAUUGUAAUGUGUAUCAGUAACGGUCAGGUGUUUACCUCAUUCGAGCUACCUAGCCAGGAAACUUACAUUCUUAAACAACUUGAUUCAAUUUUCUACGGACCAAUGGAUAUGUUAGAAUCACCAGAAGAUUGCAACAAGUAUCUUACUAACCUUGACUACACAAUCAUCGCACGCGCUAACAAUAUUGACGAUGCAAUGUAUCUUUUAGAAAUAAGCUUACCACAACUCGGAACAUGUGGUAUAAUUCUUGGUUCUACAAAGAUGUUUGAGACUAUUGGUGCUGCUGACUACCCAUUUGCUAUAUUCAGAAGAGAUGAUUUAGUUAUUGCGCCAAUUGAGAAUUCAACAGAGUCACUUUUGAAUGCAUCAAUUCCAUAUUAUGCUAUUUUCAGUGACGAAGACUUUGCAGACCCAGAAACAAUCGUUGUCGGCUUAAUGAACCCAGAUAUGGUCGAAAAUCAAGAAAUAAGUGACGCAUUGUUCGAAAUUUCCACGAAAUUCCCUGAAGUCAAGGUCGGCAUCAUCACAGAUCAACAAAUGAACUAUGCUUAUCGAAUGAUAGAUUAUAUUCCCGAAAAAUUCCCAGCAUUAGCCAUUUUUAACUUCGAGCAAGGCUACUACUAUUCAACAGGAUUCCUCCAGAACAUCACAAUCGGUCCAGAAUGGACAGAAAAAGUGGUUGAUCUUUUGAAUGGAAUCUUGAACGGAACAGUCAAGAAGAUGUUGUUGUCAGAAGAUAUCCCACAGACCCAGGAGAAUCCAAACUUCGUCAAAGUGGUCGGAAAGAACUUUGAUGAGUUCAUUUCGGAUAAUGAAAAGAGUUCUUGCAUCAUGUUCAUCAAUGGCAAUAAAAUGGAUGGUUUCUCUGAUGUCUUUGAAGAGAUUGCAAACGAAUUUAAUAAGAAUGGAACAGAUAAAAUUAAAUUCGGUUUCUUCAACAUUUUGACAAACGCUGCCGAAUCAAUGCCACGUCUUUUAAGAGUUCCUCAUGUCGAAUUGUUCAUUGCUGGUAAGAAUAAGUCAGUUCCAAUGCUUGAUAUAUUAAAUAGAAACGGUUUCAUCAGAUUUUUGGCCGAAAACCUUCCAGAAUUGAAUAUUGAAGCACCAAAGAUGGAGAAUGAGGAUGGAUGGAGUCUUAUCCGUAUCUAUUCCAAGAAUCUCAACCAAUACGGCGGAAAGGACAGAGAAUUACUCGAAAAUUAUAUUAACGAACUCACAAAGAAGAUGCCGCCAAUGCCUGAAAUGCCUGAAGAUGAAGAAUACUCUGAUGAUGAAGAAGUUAAUAUUAACGAGGAAUUAUAA